CAAAAGCCCUCACGAUGUGUUUCCAAUGUGAAGGGGGGCAACCAAGCGAAGAGGGGGGGUCAGGGGGGUCUCCAGGCCGCUCUGGGGGGGGCACUGACAUCUUUGUUUCCUCUCCCCCCUCCCUUCCUGCCUCCCCCCCCCAGUGACAUGACCACGUUAGCAGCGGCUGCCUACCAGCAGGGGAUGGCUGUGCACGCUGGAACCCACAUCCUCAACAUGCAAGGGAGUCCUGGUGGGCACAACAGGGCGACCACCCUCAUUCCAGCUGACCGGGCGAAGCAGAUGUUCGGACCGCCCGUCAUCACGACCCGACAUUUUGCUGCCCAGCCAGCUUUCCCAGCGGGCACCCCAGAACACGGGCAGUACCAGGGCAGCCAAAGUGGGCACAGCCCCUAUGCCGUGGGGCAGGGCCAACACACGGUGCCUGUCAGCUAUGCCAGCAGCCAGUCCAUCCGAGGCCCGUCGGCUUUCUCCACGAUGCAGUAUUUGCCCCAGCAGCAACCUGGUUAUGCCAUCCACGGUCACUUCCCCACUGCCCAGGCGGGCUUCAUCCCUCCGAGCACCACCAUCCCUCUCCAGAAGCAGCUGGAACACGCCAAUCAGCAGUCCGGAUUUUCGGAUUCGUCAACCCUUCGUCCGAUGCACCCCCAGGCCCUCCAUCCGAACCAGAGUCUCCUUCAAGCCUCCCAGCUCCCCGUCCAAAUGCAGACCACCGCCAAGCCCACUUUGGCCUACACCCACACGGCCCGGCCUGCGUCUCCGGGGAGCUUCCCACAGCAGCCUCACACGUCCGGCUUCCAGGCGUCCCCUCAAACUGCACCCCGACACCCCUUCAUACAGCACCCGCAAGGCCAGCGUUUCUACCACAAGUGAGCCUGGAAGACCCCCUACCCGCCCCCCGUUGGCUGCUUCAGCGUCCUUCCCCAAGACCCACCCGCCCUCCGUGCCGGCGUGAAGAGGAAAGGUCCGUCUCGGACGAGCGACGCAUCCUUUCGAUUGCCUUCCCGCCUUUCUCCAGGAACCUUGCGGGUUUUGCAAAACGGCGUUCUCGAAAAUGCCGACGCUUCCGUUGUCAAGGAGGGCCAGCGUGGUUUCCAGUUUCUUCCAAACUCCCGUUAGCCGGGUUGGAAGGUGGGUUAAGGGGGGGGUCGUGCGUUCAAAUCACGCUGCAGCGAACGAAGCGAAUCCCAGGCGCGUUUCGUGCACAUCAUCAAAUUUUCCGAAAGAAAAGCCGCAUUUUCUGCAACGGAUGGGAUGUAAUUCCCGAAGCGCGUUCAAAGUUGGCUUGACGCGGGGUUCAAAUUUCUUUUUCUCGCAGAGAAUUCUCGGCGGGCAGAAAUCCUCCACAGAACCCCCCCAACCCAACAAUUCUCAACUUCGGCCUCUUUUAAACGGGUGGGCUUCAACCCCCCCAGAAUCCCCCAGCCAGCAAACCAGUUUCGCAUUGAAUUGCCUUUAACCCGCUUAUUAAUUUAGCAUGCGGUGUAUUAUUUUUUCCCCCACUUUGCUGAAGUCAAGAUAUAUUACAUCGACUGCAUUCCCACCAUCUAUUAAGAAAGUUUAUUUAAAAUAAAAUAAAAACUUAAUAAAAGUAGCCUAGAUACAUUUGUUAAAUCUUCACUUGGCUGGGGGAUUCUGGGAGCUGAAGUCCCGUCCCCCCCACCCCACCCAUCUUCAAAGGGACACACUGAUCUUAAACACAUGUGACAUUCUUGUCAUGUAUUUUGAAAGAAUUCUAUCUGAAGCCCGCUCGGUUAUACAGUAUCGUCUUCAGAUUAAAUGUUCUCUCUACUUAAUAGAUCGUCCUAAGGUUCUAGUCCUCAGAAUACCUUCACUGCUCUUCCGUGAGCUUGUUCUGUUUUACGUCUUAAGUGGUUUUUAAAAGGUUGUCCCUGGGACUCAAAGAGGUGUAACCAACUCCUGAAUAAAUUGGAAUAUUAUGGUA